UGACCCCAGGAUGUCUAAGCAUAUCGCAUCCGUCGCUGAAGAAAGUACACAAUUAGUCGGCAAGCGUCAACAACGUACUGUACAGCCCUCCGGAACCGUGACUUCCGUCUAGGACAGCUGAUGGUGCUGGUAAGACCGAUGAGAACAAUGGAGGUAUAAGUAAAGCAGCGUAGAACACCCAGUUGGAGAAUCAUCCCCUUACACAACAACCAAGAAACCAUACUACCAUCUCAUCUUUUCCUCUUUACUUUCCAUUAUCUCCUUGUUUCCUGACUGUCUACCCAAGCCUUCGCUUCUUAAUCAGUAAUCAUGCUCACCAUCACCAACAUCGUGGUCGCUUCGCUCGCUCUCGGUGCCGUUCAGGCUCUCCCUCAGCAUAUCCAUGCGAGACAGGACAAUGCUACUUCCACUCCUGCUGCCCCGGCCGCACCUGCUUCGACGCCUGACAUUUUCGACGACCUCCUGACUGCUCCUACGGCUAUCAAGCGCUUCCAAAGGCUUUUGACUGUUGGAGAAGGCCCUGAAGGUCCUGAGCUCCUGAAGGGAGACGACCUCCGCAAGGCGACCGUCUUCACUUUCGACAGGAAUGCGAAGCCAGCUCCUGGCGCAGAGGGUGGCGUUGCGGUCGCAGCUAACAUCGGAAACUUCCCCAUCCUGACCGGUCUCGGCAUCUCCACCACCGUUGGUUUCCUCGAACCCUGCGGCAUCAACACUCCCCACGUCCACCCUCGUGCCACCGAGAUGCUCACCCUUGUUGAAGGCGAGAAGAUGGAAUUCGGUUUCGUCCUCGAAAACGCCCUCGUUGGACCCAAGCAGAACCCAGAAGUCGCCGGAUACCUCAACGCCUUCGAGGCUACCGUGUUCCCCCAGGGCUCCAUCCACUACCAGUUCAACAACAACUGCAAGCCGGCGACUUUUGUGGCCGCGCUCAACUCCGAGGACCCUGGUACUAGCCAGAUUGCGCAGAACUUCUUUGCUCUUAACUCGGAGGUUGUGGAUGCUACGCUUGGUUUCCCGGGUCAAAUCAACAGCAAGAACAUCGACGAGUUCGGUGCUUCUCUUCCUGCCAACCUUGCCCGUGAUGCCAGAGCUUGCAUGGCUAAGUGUGGACAGUAAAUUCACCGGGGAAGUCGUAACACGUUGAGCGAGACUGGGAUGGUUUAAUAUGGCACGACGACAUCUUCGAAUGCAGCAUACAUAGC